AUGGUCAAUGAGACGUCCCCCACCUGUGUCAACCCCAUUCUCUGGGAAGACUUGCCAGAUAUGGAAGUCAUCCGCGUCGACGACGUCUACUACAUGAGCGCGUCGUCUUUUCACUUUUCACCUGGUGCACCGCUUCUUCGGUCAUACAAUCUUGUAGACUGGGAAUACAUCGGCCACUCGGUCCCAGACCUGGCUGCGUUUAGCCCCAAGUUCCGCCUAGAUGGCAAGAAUGCUCUCGGUUACAUCAAGGGUGUUUGGGCUUCGACUCUCAAAUACCGAACGAGCAACGGCUUGUUUUACUGGUACGGCGCCAUUCAGGGAACCAACGAGACCUUCAUCUACACAGCCAAGAACCCCAGUGGCCCAUGGACCGCACAUCCUCCUAUUGAGCACUACUACUACGACUGCGGUGUGCUCAUUGAUGAAGAUGACUCUUUUUACAUGGCCUACGGAACAAAGACGAUUCACGUUGCCAAGCUGUCUGCCGAUGGGCUCACGCAAGUCUCGACUCAACCCGUACACGAGUCGGAGCAUUUUCUCGAAGGCGCUCGCAUGUACAACAUCAAGGGCAAGUACUACAUCUGGCUGACAAAGCCUUGGGCUGGACAAUAUGUGCUCAAGUCCGAGAACGGACCCCUCGGGCCCUAUGAGUGCCGCAAUGUUGUGGGCAGCAUUCGCGCUCCAGUUCCAGGUGCCGGACCACCACAUCAAGGAGGUCUGGUAGAGACGGCAGACGGCAAGUGGUACUACAUGGCCUUCAUCGAUGCUUUCCCCGCUGGUCGCAUCCCCGUCCUGGCACCUGUCGAGUUUGACAGCGAGGGCUGGCCAAGUAUUGUGGCCGAUUACCCUGACGAGUGCGGACAAUGGCGGGUGGAAUACCCUCCUGCUGUUGAGCACUGCCGCGCCGAGAAGCCUAAGACAUGCUGGAGAGAGCAUUCCUUCACCGGCGAGCUGGAACAUUGCUGGGAGUGGAAUCAAAGCCCUGACAACUCCAAGUGGAGCAUUCAAAGCAAUCAGCUGGUCCUCGAAGCCGCCGCAGUCACAGACUGCCUCUACCUGGCGCCCAACACCCUCACCCACCGAACCCUGGGGCCAAGCAGCACGGCUACCUUUUGUGUGGACUGGGCCAAGCUCAAGGAUGGAGACAGAGCUGGUGCAUCAAUCUUUCGCGAUCACAGUGCAUAUAUUGGCAUUCAUAUGGACGGCGACAAGGCCAAUUUGGUGUACGUUGACGAUCUGACACUUGGGCCUGCUGGGGAAUUGGUCAACUGGCUGGACGGUCGACCAGUUGCAGGAGACUGGGGAGUCACCUCAAAGGGCUCUGUCAAAGCCGAGACACCAUUGACGCAGCAACGACUUUGGUUGCGAGUCCGCGUCAACGUCGCAGCUGCAUGCGUUGACGGAUAUGAGAAGGAGCCCAGACAAGCGACAUUCGAGUACAGCAUCGACGGCGCCACCUUUGAACGCUUUGGUCCUGUUUUUACGCUCGUCAAUGCGGGUGAUGGCUGGAUUGGCUAUCGUUUUGCUGUGUUUAACUUUGCGACCAAAGCUUUGGGAGGACAGCUGACUGUGGAAUCCUGCGCGAUUGAGAAGUGA